AUGCUGACAAAAUUUGAGACAAAGAGCAAUCGUGUGAAGGGAUUGUCCUUCCACCCGAAGCGGCCAUGGAUCCUUGCGUCGCUCCACAGCGGCGUCGUCCAGCUCUGGGACUACCGCAUGGGGACCUUGAUCGACCGCUUUGACGAGCACGAUGGUCCUGUGCGCGGCGUACAUUUCCACAAGUCACAGCCCUUGUUUGUGUCAGGUGGAGAUGACUAUAAAAUUAAGAUUUGGAAUUACAAGCUGCGGCGUUGCCUGUUCACACUGCUGGGUCAUCUGGACUACAUUCGCACGGUCCAGUUUCACCACGAGUACCCAUGGAUUGUCAGCGCCAGCGAUGAUCAGACCAUUCGAAUUUGGAACUGGCAGUCGCGCACCUGCAUUUCGGUGCUUACGGGGCAUAACCACUACGUCAUGUGCGCGGUGUUCCACCCCAAAGAGGACCUGGUGGUGUCAGCCUCACUCGAUCAGACGGUCCGCGUUUGGGAUAUCAGUGGCCUCCGCAAGAAGACUGUGGCACCGGGCGGAGAGGACGUCUUACGUCUCCCCCAGAUGAACGCGGACCUCUUUGGCGGCGGCGAUGCAGUCGUCAAGUACGUGCUAGAGGGACAUGACAGGGGCGUCAAUUGGGCGGCGUUCCAUCCCACUCUGCCCCUCAUUGUGUCCGGCGCGGAUGACCGCCAGGUUAAGCUCUGGCGCUAUAAUGAGAGCAAGGCGUGGGAGGUAGACACGUUGCGGGGCCACACCAACAACGUUUCCUGCGUCAUGUUCCAUGCACGCCAGGACCUUAUCAUCUCCAACUCGGAAGACAAGAGCAUCCGGGUUUGGGACAUGUCGAAGCGUACGGGUGUCCAGACAUUCCGUCGCGAGCACGAUCGGUUCUGGAUUUUGGCCAGCCAUCCGGAGAUCAACUUGCUUGCCGCUGGCCACGAUGGCGGCAUGAUUGUGUUCAAGCUGGAGCGUGAGCGCCCCGCCUGCGCCACCCACGGAAACACGCUUUACUACGUGAAGGACCGCUAUUUGCGCACCUACGACUUCGCGACGCAGAGGGAUAAUCCGCUCAUGUCCAUCCGCCGGGCCGGCAGCGCUGGCGCCAACCAGGGUCCCAAGACACUGGCAUACAAUCCAGCGGAGAACGCUCUGCUCAUCACCUCGGACGUGGAAGGCGGCUCGUACGAGCUGUACGCUAUUCCCAAGGAAGCUGCUCGUGGCGACACGGCGCCGGAGGCCAAGCGCGGCCUGGGAACCUCGGCUGUGUUCAUCGCCCGCAACCGCUUCGCCGUGCUGGACAAGUCCACCAACACAAUUCAGAUCCGCAACCUGCAGAAUGAGAUCACCAAAAAGGUGCCCACUCCAUGCGCCACCACCGAUGCCAUCUUCUACGCGGGCACCGGCAUGCUGCUGUGCCGUUCGGAGGACAAGGUGACACUGUACGACAUGCAGCAGCGCACCUCUCUCACGGAGCUGGCCACACCCUUUAUUAAGUAUGUAGUGUGGAACAGCGACAUGUCGAUGGUGGCGCUGCUGUCCAAGCACGCCAUCAUCAUCGCAGAUAAGCGGCUGGGUGGCGCUCAGACUGUUCAUGAGACCAUUCGCGUCAAGAGUGCAGCUUGGGACGACAGCGGCGUGCUGCUGUACACCACUCUCAACCAUCUCAAAUAUUGCUUGCCCAACGGGGACUCGGGAAUCAUCCGCACCCUGGACUCGCCGCUUUACGUGACGCGCGUCGCCGGCGGUGUGGUGCAUGCCCUGGACCGCGAGGGAAAGAACCGGACCAUUCAGGUGGAUCCCACCGAGUACAUGUUCAAGCUGGCGCUGCUGCAGGGCCGCUACGACGCCGUGGUUAACAUGGUCCGCGGCGGUGGCUUGUGCGGCACUGCCAUCAUCUCAUAUCUGCAGCAAAAGGGUUUUCCCGAGGUGGCGCUGCACUUCGUCACCGACGAGCGGUCGCGCUUUAACCUGGCGGUGCAGUGCGGGAACAUUGAGGUGGCGCUGCAGGCGGCCCAAGCGCUGGAUGACAAGGACACCUGGUACAGGCUCGGGGUGGAGGCGCUGCGCCAGGGCAACUACAACAUUGUGGAAUUUUCGUACCAGAAGACGAAGAGCUACGAACGGCUGUCGUUCCUGUAUCUCAUUGCCGGGCACACGGACAAGCUGCGCAAAAUGUUGAAGAUUGCAGAGAUGCGGUCGGAUGUCAUGGGCCGCUUCCACAACGCGCUGUACUUGGGCGAUGUCAAGGAGCAGGUCCGUAUCCUGGAGGAGUCAGGCCAGCUGCCGCUUGCCUACGUUGCUGCCGCCGUGCACGGCCUGUCGGAGGAUGUUGAACGCAUUUCUACCAAGCUGGGCGGCUUGCUUCCGGAUGUGCCUGAUGAGGACACAGCCAACCUCAUGCAGCCACCCAUCCCCAUCCUGCGGGAGGAUAACUGGCCCUUGUUAACUGUUUCUAAGGGAUUCUUCGAGACACUUGCCGCCAAGGGCGCUGCAUCAGCGGCCACCGGAGCGGGUGCGCUGGACGAGAGCGCGCUUGAGGGCGCCGGGUGGGGGGCAGAUGAGCUGGAUCUGGGGAUCGGAGCCGAGAACGGCGAGGCUGAGGACGCACUGGAGGGCAUUGGCGGCGAGGGCGGCUCGGAGGGCUGGGAAAUGGAGGAUCUUGACCUGCCAGCGGACGUCGUGGCAGAGGCCGCUGCUGCCGCAGCCGGCGGCGCAGCCGCGCCCUUCUCAGCUCCAGCGCCGGGUGCGCCCGCUAGCCAGCGCUGGUUGGAUCGGCGCACGCAAUUGGCGGCGGAACACGCGGCGGCUGGCAGCUGGGCCACUGCCAUGUCGCUGCUGCAUCGCCAGCUUGGUGCUGGAAACUUCGAGCCGCUCAAACCGUAUUUCAUGGAGCUCUACAUUGCGUCGUUCGCCUCUCUGCCGGGGCUGCAUGGAAUGCCAUCCAUGCUGGCGCACCUAGAUAGGACCUGGAACAGCGAUGCAUCAUCGCAGCCGCCCACCACGCCGACGCUGCUCUAUAGCCUCUCGGCGCUGGAAGAGUCGCUCAAGGCGGCAUACAAGCUGGUGACGGAGGGCAAGUUCAGCGACGCGCUGCGGUCCUUCACACGCAUGCUGCACGUGAUCCCGCUUACGGUGGUGGAAAGCCGGAAAGAGGUAGAUGAUGUUAAGGAGCUGCUCACCAUCUGCCGGGAAUACCACACGGCGCUGCGGUGUGAGCUAAAGCGCAAGGAGCUGCGUGACGACGACAUGGCUCGCAACGCCGAACUAGCCGCGUACUUCACCCACUGCCGGUUGCAGUCCGUGCACCUUGCGCUUUCCCUGCGCUCCGCCAUGACCAUCUUCUUUAAGCUUAAGAACUUCGCCACUUGCGCCACGUUCUGCCGCCGGCUCCUGGAGCUUAACGCGGGCGCCAAGAUUGCGGAGCAGGCCCGCACCGUCCUGGCUGCCUGCGAAAAAAACCCUUCGGACGCCGUUAAGGUUAACUACGACCCGCGCAACCCCUUCGACCUGUGCGCGAUUACCUUCACGCCCAUCUACAAAGGAUCGAAAUACGUGGAGGACCCGUACACCGGUGCGCGCUUUGUCCCUGACUGCAAGGGCCAAAUCUCGCCGCUGGGUGAUUUCGUGCGCAUCGGUGCCGACGCGUCGGGCCUGUAUAUCUCCACGUCGCAACAGACGCGGUGAGGGCAGACUUGGUAGAGCG